AAAGUUAAUUUCGGACGUACUUAUUUACGUGCAGAAUAUCACGAAACUCUGUUUCUUUGCAUUAAAUAAAUGACAAUUGUCAAUAUUACACGUGUUUCCGAAGGAUAAUGACAACAACACAACCAAUAACAUUGCGCCAAUUGUAUGACAAUAAUUUAUUCAAAGUGUGACAAAGUUAGUAUUUCCGGUCAGUAUAUAAACAUUGGGUGCGGGAGAAAAUUUUAUAUCUUUUAACAAAUUUUCUCAGCGAUAAGAUGGCUUUGUUUGUUGCGCUUUUAUGUCUCAUGCUUUUAAAAACUGCUUCUUCUCAUAAUGAUGUUCGACUGAAAGUGAUAACAGUGGCUACCGAUGAAACCGAUGGUUACCACAGGUUUUUAAGAUCAGCAAAAAUAUAUGGACUUGAUGUGGAGGUAUUUGGACUACAUCAAGAAUGGUUGGGUGGAGAUAUGGCCAAUGGACCUGGAGGUGGUCAUAAAAUUAACAUAUUGAGAAAUUGUAUUAAGAAAUAUAAAGAUGAUAAAGAUCUUCUCCUGAUGUUUACUGACAGUUACGAUGUUGUUUUUACUGGUGGUGAAAAAGAAAUAUUUGAGAAAUAUAAAUCUGCUAAUGCUGAUGUUUUGAUUUCAUCUGAAGAUUUUUGCUGGCCUGACAAAUCAUUAGCAGCCAAAUAUCCUCCAGUUGCCACUGGUUACAGAUUCCUUUGCUCUGGAGGGAUAAUUGGUUAUGCACCAACAAUUUACGAAUUAUUGACUUUAAAGCAAGUUGAUCAUACCGAUGAUGAUCAACUGUAUUACACACAUAUAUACUUGGAACAACGAGAAAAAUGCAACAUCAAAUUAGACCAUACAGCAAGUCUUUUCCAAAAUCUUAACGGAAAUGAAGAACAUGUGGAACUAAGAUUUGAUGGUGCAACUACCAAAGUAUUGAACACGAAGUAUAACACAUUACCUAUUGUCAUUCAUGGUAAUGGACCAAGCAAAGAUUAUUUAAACUAUUUGGCUAACUACAUCUCUAAUUCAUGGAGUUUCGAAGAAGGCUGUACAAGUUGCAAAGAAAAUACAUACGUAUUGAAUGAUAUCAAGGAACAACAAUGGCCUAACAUACUGAUUGGACUUUAUAUACCAGCUCCAACACCAUUUGUUUCCUCCUAUUUGGAACAAAUUUCAAACCUGGAAUAUCCUAAAAACAAAAUUGAUAUUUUUCUUCACAGUAUUGAUCCCCAUCAUAACAGUGAUAUUAAAGAAUGGAUGAAAAUUCAUGAAGAUAAAUACAGAUCGUUCACUUUCAAAGGACCUCAUAGUUUCCUGGGUGAAAAAGAAGGUAGAAAUACUGGCAUUGGACAUUGUAAAAAAGUCAAAUGUGAUUAUUACUUCUCUGUUGAUGCUGAUGUGUCGCUUACGAACAGGAAUACCCUUCAAAUUCUUCUUCAGCAAAACAGGACCUUUUUAGUUCCAAAACUGUCAAAACCAGGCAAAUUAUGGUCCAAUUUCUGGGGUGCAGUUGGCUCUGAUGGAUUUUAUGCACGUUCAUCUGAUUAUAUCGAUAUUGUAAAAAACGUUCGAAGAGGAGUUUGGAAUGUGCCAUUUGUGUCAAAUGUUUAUUUGAUCAAAUCAUCAAUUAUUGAUCAAAUGAUUGCAAAUCCAUUUACCUCUAAGUAUCAGGACCAAGAUAUGUCGUUUUGUUCAAAUGCCAGAAGCAAGGGUAUUUUUAUGUACGUAACAAACUUGGAUUACUUUGGUCAUUUGAAAGAAACAUCAACCUACACAACAAACUUUAAACAUAAUGAUUUGUAUCAGAUCUUUGACAACAGAUUGGAUUGGGAAGAAAAAUAUUUACAUCCUGAAUUUCAUAAUUUUCUCGAUCCAAAUUCAGAACCAAUUCAACCUUGUCCUGAUGUGUAUUGGUUUCCAUUCACUACAAGAAACUUUACAAAAAAUCUUAUUGAGGAGUGUGAACACUACGGGAAGUGGUCUGGAGGUAAAAACAAGGACGAUAGAAUCUCAGGUGGUUAUGAAAAUGUUCCAACUGUGGAUAUCCAUAUGAAUCAGAUUGGUUUUGAAAAACAAUGGCUCACCAUGCUUAAAGAUUAUGUAUCCAAGAUGGUAACACGUUAUUUCGAUGGUUAUUAUCCAGACUCGAAAGCCAUUAUGAAUUUCGUUGUGAAGUACACACCUACUGGUCAGUUUUACCUUCGUCCUCAUCAUGAUGCGUCAACAGUGACUAUCAACAUGGCGCUUAAUGACAAGGGAGUUGAUUUUGAGGGCGGUGGUGUGCGUUUCACUCGUUAUAAUUGCAGUGUGCUGAACACAAGGAACGGUUGGGGGUUGAUCAAUCCAGGUCGAUUAACACAUCAGCACGAAGGGUUAGAAACGACAAAGGGGACAAGAUAUAUCAUGGUUUCCUUCAUCGAUCCUUGAAAGCAACUUCGUUUCUUUUCAAAACAUUGUCUAUUGUGCUAGAAUAUGGGAUGGAAUGUCGAGCUUAUUCUAAUCAAAGCAAAAAUGGUAGCAUCUACAGCGACCUAUAUUUUUUACUUAUUUGAACAUCAGGUUAGAAUUUAAUUGUAAAGAUUUAUGUGCAAUAUGACGGAAGAAGAGGCCAUAAAAUCAGAAAUUUUAUUCUUAUUUAAUUUUUCAAAAAUUUAACAUGGCAUCUUAUUUAUAUUUUUAAGUAAUUUUAUAUUCUAGUUUUUAGAUAAAACUCAAAACUGUCA